UAAAUUUAGGGGUUAACGGUGGUGAGAGUCGAGACGGUAGAGUGAGAUAGAGUGAAGGAUUCCUUCCGGUUUAAUUGGAAUUGGAACGAAUAUGGAUGAGCAUAAGCGGAGCAAAGUUGAACUAUUUUUCUUUGCUACUCUCCUUCUCUGGCUUUCCUCCAUUUCUUUCCAGAUUCUUCUCACACACCGUACGGAACUUCUCUACGUCAUAUCCGGUUCUAUCUUCUACCAAACUUCUAACUCUCUAUUCCGUUUCUUUUUCUCCAAUUCCACACUCACUGACCCUCUCUUCGUUAACACCUCCGUCUCCCUUAUCCACUCCAUCGUCACCUCCGCUUCAGUGAUCUUCAUCUUGUCCAAGCAGUGGUUAAGCAAUGGGUCGAGCGGAAUGUUCGAUCACUCCCAGUUGGUUGAAGGCACUUGGCCGUGGGCAUUUGAAGCAUUGUGUUUUUCAUGUGGUUACUUUGCAUAUGAUCAGUGGGAUAUGCUUCAUUACCGCUUAUAUAAUGGUUUGAUCCCUUCUAUCCUUGUGCAUCAUCUGGUUCUCCUAAUUUGCUUCACUCUUGCUUUGUAUCGAAAUGUCACCAUCAACUAUCUUAUUCUCACUCUCAUCUGUGAGCUGCAUUCAAUAUUUCUGCAUGUGAGAAAGCUGAGACGAAUGGCUGGUAUUCGCAAUGCAAGGAGCGUUAUUGUCAAGUUAGAAUGGUUUCUGAAUUGGGUCACCUUCUUUGUGGCAAGGUGUGCAUCUCACGUACUCAUCACAGUCAAACUCAUCAGGGAUGCUCACAAAUUUGAAAAGGGUGUGGAAUUACCACUGGCUCUCUUUGGCAUGGCUGGAAUGAAUUUUCUGAACAUUGGUCUUGGCAUUGAUCUCUUAAAAGCUUUUAAGAGAGAAUGGAAGCCCCAGCAAGCUAAUUAUCAUCAACAUCAUGAAUGAUAUAGAAGAGAAGCUUCACGGACUAUUCUUUUUGUACUAUUCUUUUCGCCACUCCCUCUCUACCGAAAGAAAAAGAUUGUAAAAAUGAUGUAAUAUCCCAUAUGCAGUGCUUGGUUGGACAUGUCCAUUAUAUAUCUCUGCAAAUUGCUACUUAAAAAACACAGUUUUUCGCCCGUUUUGUUUUUAUAAGUACUAGAUGUAAUGUACGGAUUGAUAAAAAAUACUUAAAUUCAUUCCUUUUUUGCCUUUUCA